AUGGAUCACAUGACAUUUGAUCUUAGCGAACUUAUUAGUCGCAAAUUUUCCACUUCGUUGGUGGUGUCUAAUGCUGAUGAUACCCACUCCCUUGUGGUUGGGGAGGGCUCUUUAUAUCUCUCUACUUCUGUAUUGCUUGUUCCAUCUUUGGACCAUAACUUGUUGUCUGUUGCACAACUUACUACUACUCUGGGGUGUACUGUAACAGUUGGCGGAAUCACUGUGUUUUUCAAGACUUUCUCACGGGAAAGACGAUUGGUUGUGGUACUCAACAAGGCAAACAAUACUACUUGGGCUGGGCACCGGAUAGUGAGACCAAGAUUGGUUAAGCUUUCACAACAAGACUUCAAAUGUAAUAUGUGUGAAUUGGCUAAGAGCCAUCAUGUCCUGUUCCCAUUAAGUUCAAAUAAGAGUUUGGUUCUGUUUUCUCUUGUUCAUUAUGAUGUUUGGGGACCUGCUAAAAUUGCCAUUCCGACAAGAGCUCGAUGGUUUGUCACAUUUAUAGAUGAUUGCACACGCAUGACUUGGGUUUUCCUUCUCAAAAAGAAAGGGGAAGGCAGCUCCAGGUUUCAACAAUUCCAUCAAAUGGUGGAGACUCAGUUUCAUGCCAGAAUUCAGGUUCUGCGUUCUGACAGUGGCGGAGAAUUUCUCAACUAUGAUCUUAACCAGUUCUUACAAGAUCAUGGCAUCAUACAUCAACGCUCAUGCCCCUACACUCCCGAACAUAAUGGAGUGGCUAAAAGAAAGAACAGACAUUUAUUGGAAGUAGUUUGUGCCUCUCUCUUUAGUGCCAAUAUGCCUCGAUCUUUUUGGGGAGAAGCCGUCGUCUCUGCUGCAUACUCAUCAGUCGGAUUACCUUUAGUAUCCUAA